GAUAAAUAUCCUGACCAAAUUUAUUCCACUCUACCAAAUAUUCAGGGAAGAGCAGGAAGUUAGCUGGUUCUCGAGAAACGUGAAGGGCUUUAAAAUUUUCAUUUGAUGCCCAUAAAAAUCUCAGUGAAGGUGUCGGACGCAUUAAAAAUCUGAGAAGACGAAGCGAUAACCAGAAAUUUUGGGCUGGGAACAGAUGGGGGCUUCUCAUUCCUCCCCAACAGCGAACUCGAUCCACGAAUUCACCGUCAAAGAUUGCUCUGGAAAGGCGGUCGAUUUAGGGCUCUACAAGGGAAAGGUCUUGCUUGUCGUCAAUGUCGCUUCUAAAUGUGGUUUAACUGAUAACAAUUAUACCCAAUUGACAGAACUCUACAAUAAGUACAGGAACAAAGAUUUUGAGAUUUUAGCCUUUCCUUGUAAUCAAUUUAUGAAACAAGAGCCUGGAACAAGCCAGGAUGCAAAGGAGUUUGCAUGUACGAGGUACAAGGCAGAGUAUCCAAUUUUCCAAAAGGUUCGAGUGAAUGGUCCAGAUACUGCUCCAGUAUAUAAAUUUUUAAAAGCUAAUAAAGGUGGGUUUUUUGGAUCUAGAAUCAAGUGGAACUUCACCAAGUUCCUUAUAGAUAGAGAUGGCAAAGUCCUUCAUCGUUAUAGCCCUACAACAGCGCCUUUGUCCAUUGAGAGAGACAUACAGAAGGCACUCGGAGAGAUAUAAGCAGUCCACAAUCUGAAAGAAUACAGAUGUUACAAGUAAUAUAUUAUUCAUCUGCCACGAGUUUGUUUAUUCUUUUGAGUGCAUUUUCUUAUUCUUAUUUCAGAAUGGAGUGGAAAUUGUUACAGCAUAUGCAUUAUAGCUUCUGCCAUUGAAGCUAAUAUUAAAAUAGUCUUGAAACAUUGACAGCGUGUAUUAAUUGAUUGCCAUAUGUUAUUCUUGUGCUUUUGUUAA